AUGACGUGGAGCUUGUUAUUUAUCAGAUCUAAGGCUGAACUACUCAUUAACUUAAUGCAAACAUCUCAAAUGAAUCAAUAUUGUAAUACUAGAAAAUUUCCAGUAUUUGACACGAUAGAUUCUACUCCUGUUUUAGAAGAUAAUGAACCAUAUCAUUUAAAACUUUGUUUUUGUCCAUUAUGCCAAAAAGGGAUGGCUGUAUUAGCAAAAGAACGGUCAAGAAAUGUUAUUUCAUGGCAGUAUAUUUGUAGAGUUAUUUUCUAUUGUUUAUCAGUAAUUCAUAAAAAGAAUGGAUACUUUUCUUUAAAAUAUGAUGUUCAUUGGUUUAUUGUUGAUC